CCCUGAUAUACAGGCCCUCGGGCAACUUUAUUGGCUUGCAUACGGCGCAAACCCCGUUGCUACUGGUCCACGAUCUAUUCCACCGAGGUGUGGUUGCGCCAGAUUGACUCACAGCUUGCAUUGCCAUACCCUUAUCAGACGUGGAGGGCUGAAUAAGAAAGCCGUUAUAUAUAUAACUAAGACAAGAUGCCGGAAGACGUCGAAGCAAAUGGGACAGAGGUCUCAGAUGCCAUGUCCGAGAAUGAGAACGAGUAUGACGACAUGGAACAAUCCAUCAAGGACGAAGAAGUCAAGAUGACUGACCAGAACACCUCGCCUGAGCCUGGCGCCGACAACUCGGGAGAGCCUAAGAAGAAGUAUGAUCCUAAGGAUCCUCAUCGCCCUAGGAGAAAGAAGGCAAGACGUGCCUGCUAUGCCUGCCAGAGGGCCCAUCUGACGUGCGGUGACGAGCGUCCUUGUCAGAGAUGCAUUAAGCGCGGUCUAGCUGACGCCUGCCAAGAUGGAGUGCGCAAAAAAGCAAAGUAUCUGCAUGAUGCUCCUCCAGAGGCCUUGAGACCGGUUCUAGGGCCAACCUACAACCCAGCCGUCCAUACGAAGACAACUAAUGGGAGACAUCUCUCCAACGGCAAUGCAGACACCUCUCCAUACUAUUCGGAAGCCUCUAAUUCCUCCACUUACUCUAUUUACACCGGUCAUACCCAAGCUCAGAUGGCAUCUUUACCUGACAACAUGCCGUUUGGCGGACAACAGUCCCCAGUGACGCCUGGAUACCAGCCACCCAACACAUCCCGAGCAGCUCCACUGAGUUCUAUGCAUCUGCCUCAAGUGUCAGGAGAGAUGGGCAGCAACUUCUCCACCGCUUUAUUCGACCCUAGCAACCCUGCAAUAUUCAACUUUGACCUCGAAGGGUUAAACUUUGGAAGCCAUUACGGUGCACUCGAAUUUGGAAUGCUUGGGCACAUGUCGUCGGGCGCUGCAGAGACGCCACCUAGGGAAGCUAUAGCUCAACCUCCUGGAAGCGAUGUCAACUACGGGUCCACAGGAGUAUAUCGAAAUGGGGUUAACCAAUAUAGCCAAAUGUACGAGAACGGCAUGGCUGACAAUUUCAUAAAUGUUGAUCCAAGUAACGGCGGUACAUAUCCAGGCAACCUGCAGCAUGGCUUGCCUCAUGCGUACGCCGUGGCAGCUGCUGGUCCAACGCCCAACAGUUUAGCCAGUCCAAGUACAGACAACACAUCUAGUCCGCAGCCUACGGGUUAUGGGUUUGACCAGUCCCCAACCACAAGUACCUACACUCCUGCCAACAAUCAAACGAUUUCUCAGCCGUCAAGACCGAAACCGAAAGCCUCAGGUUCGGUGAACAAAUUCGGGCCACAAUCAGUUCUCGGUAAACGGACUCGUGACCCAUCCGCGAUCUAUGAUACAGUCACCGAGCCUUACCCGUACCUCACAGGAUUUCAUAACUUGAUUGCGUUCGUCCAACGAAGAUUUUCUGCCAACAAGACUCUACGUAUUGCCAAGUCACUGGCCAGUAUUCGACCUUCGUUUAUUGCAUGUACGCGGAACCUCAACAGACAAGAUCUCAUUUUCAUGGAGAAAUGUCUACAGCGAACACUAUUCGAAUAUGAAGAUUUCAUGGGGCAUUGUUCGGCGCCAACCAUUGUCUGCCGAAGAACAGGGGAAGUAGCGGCAGUUAACAAGGAGUUUAUUGCUCUAACCGGUUGGACCAAGAACGUGCUCUUGGGCAAAGAGCCUAAUAUGAACGCCAACGCUGGGCGAUCAGGAUCCGAGUCAAGUACAAGCAAACCUGAAUACGCUACCCCAAGGCUGAAGACGGUCCAGCCUGACAUGAGCAAAUCCCCCGAUGGGAAAACCCAGCCUGUAUUCAUCGCCGAAUUCAUGGACGACGAUAGCGUGAUUCAAUUUUAUGAAGAUUUCGCCCAGCUUGCCUUUGGCGACAGUCGUGGUCAUGUCACCAGGAAAUGCCGACUUUUAAAAUACCGAACCAAGGAAAUGAGCGAGUGCUCAAGCAAUGAUGACUCCCCCCAAAGAGACCGGCGAACCAACAAUAGCAUCCUGAGCAAUAGGGUGACGAAAAUAGACGGGGAGCAUGGAAUUUCAAAGCUUGAGAAGGACGGCAAGAUCGACUGCACGUUCUGUUGGACUAUCAAACGCGAUGUUUUCGACAUACCCAUGUUGAUUGUUAUGAAUUUCUUACCAUGUUACUACCGUAACCAAGACCAAUUGGCUGUAUAGGGUUCUUCUAUGCCCAGGGCCAUCAGGAUAUAUAUACACGCAUAUCUUUUCUGGAUUAUCUACGGAUGUUUCCUCUGUAAUCAGUACAUGAGCCUGCUUAGAGCAUGGGCGGCGUUUUUGGACGGAGCUUCUAUGCUUUCCGAGCUCCUCUUCCACUUCAUGGGAGGCUGGUCAUGUUAUAUAUAUCGGUAUAUAUACAUAUAUCUUUUGCAUGUAU